GAUUUAGGAAUCACGGCAUAGAUUUCCCAUGAGCAACAAAACCCCUAGAGAUGUCAUGGGGUCACAGUUCAACACGAUCAUGGAAGGUUAUCAAGUAUGUCGACCUCCGUUCCCAACCGUCCCGAGUAAUUAUGGAAUCUGAUCUCGCUGUAAAUUUGUGUAAGGAAAGCCGCUUGCUUACUUUAUCCCAGGGCAAUACCGUGAUUGAGCAGAUCCCCCUUUGUGCGCCUUCGCCGACUGUCGUGUAUCGCGACACGGCUAUCGUUUUCACAUUAGCCUUAUCAUCUCUCUUCAUAAAGUUUCGUAUCCGUCUAUCAAACGUAGCUGACAGAUGUUCCUUGUGUUUGGCUCUAUCUGAGUUCACAAAUGUGCAAGAAAGUAUUCCGGCGCAGAACGCCCAGUGCAGUCGUGGUUUCAAGGACGUUACGUGUCUUUCUCAAGGAGCAUGCAGCAGCGGAUCCAGUAGCCAAGUAUACCAACUACAGAACGACACUCGAAGCCUAUCAUCAUCCCAACGUUCAUUCUAUAUGUUAGAAUCGCAAUCUUCGCCGCAUCCUGAUCUUCGCAGCGUCUUCAAUCCUAUCACAAUCAAAAAAGAGGAAUUCACGAACUCUCCUAGUAACAGCCAGUCUCCGUUAAAGUGUUUCUCUCCCUUCAGUCCCAUGCCUUCACAAUCCUGUCUUUCAACUCCUGUCAAGCUUGAAGUGCACGAAAAAGGGACUCAGACCGAAUGCCUUGACGAGUGGUGUACUAACGAUGAACAAUUGGAAGCUGAGCUUACUCGUCUCAUGAGAUCCCCACAAUUCAUGUCACUGGUGAAGAAAAUCCAAAGAAUAUGGCCAAAGCUGCAAAUGACUGGUGCUGGAAAUGGUUUUUAAUGCGACAUUCUCGUGCUGGUUUUGCAAAUAGAAAGAAACGACUGCACUGAUUUUUUGAGGCACUACUAUCUAGCAGUUGUAUCUUUGCAACUGAUAUCCAUUUGUGUGUUUGCACUCACAUUUUAGGAAGUAGAUUGUAGAUGCAGUGUUAUUGGUUUUGGUCUCCUUAUUGUUCUUGCUCUGUGUUCGUUUCGUGUUUUGGUGGUUUUUCACGAAAUAUGUUUUACAUUUCCUGUUCCAUUUCGUGUCCAUUUCUGUACCAGAGUAGUACAUGUCAUGUUUUUUGUAAAUAUUGUUGACUGUGAGAAAAAUGACUGUGAUCUCUACACAGCACGACGCUGUCAGAAGUUAAUAGUUUCCGUAUCUCAGAUGAAAAUGGAUGUUAUAUUGUAUGUGAAUUAGCUUAAUCGCGUUCAAAAUCGUGCG